AUGCAUGUUUGUCUGAAUGACUGCAGCAGACUGCAGCUUUCUUACAGUGGAGGAUGUCUGUCUCUGCCCCUCCCGCAUCAUUUGCCUCCCCACGCUGCCUCGCCGCUCCUCUUUCUCGCUCCGUCUGCGCGUCUCGUCCAGUUUUUCCAGGAGCUCCGGUUCUGUCAGACCCCCUCCACACUCACCUCAGCUCGGACAUCUGCAGCACCGACCAAGCGCUCAAUGGCUUUACGGGACUCUCUCCUCGUCGGGCUUCUGCUCCUCUUCCACACCUGGGGAGCGUGGGCACAGGUGGAGGUGAACAUGGAGGACAAGGUGGAGGUGAACAUGGAGGACAAAGUGGAGGUUCCCUUGGGACAGACAGCUCAGAUCACCUGCAUGUUUACAUCGACUGAGGGCAUUGGAGACAUGAUGAUACAGUGGUUCUAUGUGACACGUUCAGGGGAAAAGCUUACCAUCUACUACCAGGACUCUCUGGUGAAGAAGGUGGACCCAGGAACACCGUAUGCAGACCGGAUCAGUGUGAACAGCACUGGAGCCACUGGAGACAUCGUGCUGACGAUCAGGAACGUGCAGCUGGAAGAUGAAACUGAAUUCAUCUGUCUCGUCAAAAGUCUCACAGGUGGCAGCAGCGGGGAGGGACGCACAAAGCUGUUGGUGUUUGAAACACCAAACCAGCCUACCAUUGAGGGUGUGCAAACAGGAAUCUCAGUCAAUGAAGACUACCCAUCCAUGAUUGGGUCUUGUGAAGUCAAAAGGGGAUACCCCAGACCGAACAUCACUUGGUACAGAGACAACACUCCACUUCGCAGUGUUCCAGACAUGGUGGAAGUGCAGUCCAGCAUCACUACUGAAUCGAGUGGUUUGUAUUCAGUCAAGAGUACGCUGUGGAUGAAGGUGGUGAAGGAGGACAAAGAUGCUAAUUUCUACUGCGAGGCCACCUACUUUGUUCCCGGAGGAAUGUCAAUGACCGAAACCAGCCGGAUUAACAUCACUGUAUACUACCCCUCCACAGCAAUAAAUAUUUGGGUUGAGUCACCAAAGGGCGAAAUCAAGGAAGGAGACUCGAUUGAGCUUCAUUGCAAUGGCAACGGAAAUCCUCAAUCCUCAGAAUUUACAAUCAAGCACAUACUUGAUGAGCGUGUUUGGGAUAAAAACAUGUUGGUGUUGGACAAUGUGACCCGUCGUGACAGUGGCGUUUACGAGUGCAUCUUUAUGGACCUGGACACUAUAGAGGAGCUCACACGAAACACCACCGUAUUUGUCAACUAUCUCGAUCAGGCUACUGUGAGAUCGGAGAAGAAUGAGGUUUUACAAGGAGGGGAGCUGACUGCCACCUGCAAUGCUGUUGCUUCUCUCCCGACAGAAACAGCCUGGUUCAAGAACGAAAAGGAGGUCGCCAAAGGUCAUAGUUUGACCCUGCAAGAUGUUACAUUUGACACCACAGGGACGUAUGUGUGUAGAGUGACCGUUCCUAACAUGGAGGGAAUGGAAACCAGCAGCACGUUUCAUGUUUAUGUCCUGGGCCCGCCAGAGAUCAUGGAGGACGACUUCAAAGAGAUAGAGAGCUUUGAGAGUACAGUUGAACUGAACUGCCAUGUCAGAGGGCUCCCCGUACCCCAAAUUACCUGGACCACCUCUGAUGGAACGAUCAUCAAGACAACAGAUCAGACCGAGACUGAGGAGGGCGCUGAGAGCACCGUCAGUGUCAAGGUCACAUCUGACAUGACUGUUUUCUGCAACGCCUCCAACGAAUACGGCACUGACUCAGUGACCUUCAACAUCAAAGCCACUAAACAUACCACUACAGCAACCAGCACCACUACUACCACUACUACCAUUUCCCAUGACACAGUUAAAACAGAAACACCUAACCCAGCCAAGAAAUUCAAGAAAGAGGGCAAUGGUGUUAUCAUUGCAGUCAUCAUUAUCUGCAUCCUGCUCCUGGCCAUCUUAGGCAGCGUGCUUUACUUCCUCUACAAAAAGGGAAAGAUCUGCGGCCGGUCCGGCAAGCAAGACCUCACCAAAGAGAAGUCCAACAAAGAUAACAUUGUGGUGGAGAUGAAGAGCGACAACACAGAGGAAGCAAUUCUCCUCGGAGUCAAUGGAGAAAAACAACCACCCAACGACCAGUAAAGUGCAGUGAGUACCUGCUUGUGCAGAAGUGAGGAGGUGACCGCAGGCAAACCGACAGCUGCUCCAAUUCUUCCCUCUCAGGCUCAGACCCGCCUUGAUGCCUUCAAGCUCCCAGCUCAGCUCCUUCUUCCAGAGUUAUGUCAUGGAAAAGCUCAGUUAUCCGUCAGUGAGUAUCAAGAUGGAAGACCGAGACUCAAGUUAUUCCAAGCUGCAGCCUUCGCUUACCGUCCUUCACUCCACAGCACGUUUCUGUUGGAAUGCAGCUCCAUAUCAUAACUCUGCUAAUAAAUCUUUCACCUUCAAAACCAAGAACAAACCGUAGCCUGUACCUUUCAUUACCGCAAGCCUUGUAUACUGCUGAUUGUCCAUAGAACAAUAAUUAGAGCACAAAGCUGACCAGGGACUGUUUUUAUACCCAACUAAGCAUCACCUCAGGCAAAGCAAUCACUGAAGAGCAGCC